AUGAGGCUUUUCCGGAGACGCUACAGCCCCUUGAAGGUGGCUUUGGCAGGUGCCAUCUUCGUCAUCUUCCUCUUCAUCCUGCAGAAGGACGUGGGGAACAAGGACCCGCGUGAGGAGCCCUGGUUGAAGAACAUCGUCCAGGGGAAGGACCAAGUCCUUGAUCUGAUGCUGGGGGCCGUCAACAACAUCCGGGACUCGAUGCCGAAGCUGCAGAUCGGAGCCCCGGUUCGGCAGGAGGAACCAGCCCCCAGCGCUCGCUCCUGCCUGCCCGGUGUCUACACAGCGGCGGAGCUUCGGCCACUGAUGGAGAGACCCCCCCAGGACCCUGCCAGCCCCGGAGCUGACGGCAAAGCCUUCAAGAAGGAUCGAUGGACACCGGAGGAGACGAAGGAGAAGGAGAGGGGGUACGAGAAGCAUUGCUUCAACGCCUUCGCCAGCGACCGCAUCUCCCUCCAGCGAGCGCUGGGACCCGACAGCCGCCCACCCGAGUGCAUCGACCAGAAGUUCAGGCGAUGCCCGCCCCUGCCCACCACCAGCGUGGUCAUCGUCUUCCAUAACGAAGCCUGUGUCUGCACAGGCUCCCAAGGAGCAGAGCCCUCGGGGCGCUGUGGGGCUUUCUCACCCACAGAGUACCUGAAGGAGGAGCUGGAUCGCUACGUGGAGCAGCUCCAGAUCGUGCGGGUCGUGCGGCAGCAGGAGCGCAAAGGGCUGAUCCGGGACCGCAAAGGGCUCAUCAGGGCGCGGCUGCUGGGGGCCAGCGUGGCCAGCGGCGAGGUCCUGACCUUCCUGGAUGCCCACUGUGAGUGUUUCCACGGCUGGCUCCAGCCCCUCUUAUCCCGCAUCGCCCAAGAGCCAACGGCUGGUAUCAAUGUUUUCCCUGUUGUCUUCAGUGCCUCCGGGUCCCCGACCUUUGCUGGUGGCCUCUUUGCCAUCUCCAGAUCCUACUUUGAGCACAUCGGCUCCUAUGACGAUCAGAUGGAGAUCUGGGGGGGCGAGAACGUGGAAAUGUCCUUUAGGGUCUGGCAGUGUGGGGGUCAGAUUGAGAUCAUCCCUUGCUCCGUCGUGGGUCAUGUCUUCCGCUCCAAGAGCCCCCACACCUUCCCCAAGGGCACCCAGGUCAUCUCCAGGAACCAGGUCCGCCUGGCUGAGGUCUGGAUGGAUGACUACAAGGAGAUCUUCUACAGGAGGAACCAGCAAGCUGCGCAGAUGGCCAGAGAGAAGACGUAUGGUGACAUUACAGACCGGCGCAGGCUGAGGGAGCGGCUCCACUGUAAGAACUUCACCUGGUACCUCCAGACCAUCUACCCGGAGAUGUUCGUCCCUGACCUGACUCCAAUGUUUUAUGGAGCGAUCAAAAAUGAGGGCACCAAGAGCUGCCUGGAUGUCGGUGAGAACAACCACGGUGGGAAACCACUCAUCAUGUACCCCUGCCAUGGGCUGGGAGGCAACCAGUACUUUGAGUACACGAGCCAGCGGGAGCUGCGGCACAACAUCGGGAAGGAGCUCUGCCUCCGGGCGGGCGCGGGCUCAGCGGAGCUCCGUGAGUGCCAAUACAGAGGGAAACCCGGGCGGGUGCCAGCCAGCGAGGAGUGGGACCUGGCGCAGGACCGGCUGAUUAAGAACCCGGCCUCCGGGAUGUGCCUGACAGCGCGAGGGAAGCACCCGGCGAUGGUUCCCUGCAACCUGGCAGACCCCCACCAGCUCUGGUCCUUCACCUAG